UCUUCAUGUUUUGUUUUUUUCCGUAAAAAACAUUUUGGAUUGUCUUUGUUUUUUUUUUGUUGUUCUACUGGCCUUUUCAUGGUUAGCAAUCCUGUUACUGUUUUCCCCCCUUUUUUUAUGGCUGAUACUAACAUGGGGUUAGAGAAUUGUUGAUAUUUAAAGCAGUGUCUAAUCUUUAUUGAGUUUUAGAUUUUGAUUUUUUCCAUAAUUUUCAUGCCCUUUACUUUUUUUUACAUGGACUACUGAAUUCGUGGCCCAUCUGGGGCAGCUUGUUGGAUAUUUUGUGUUUUUAUCUAAUUUACUUGGCUGAAAUAGCAAAAAAAUAAGUGGACCAACAAGUGUUUUUGUUUGGUUAAAUUUGAGGUAGGACCAGUUUGAUUAUGGUUAAUGAAUUGCCUGUAUGUAGGGCACUGUCUAAUAUGUAUUGACUUCUAGAGCUUGUGCUUUUCCUCUUUCUUGCAUGUACUUGGCGUGCUACUGAAUUUGUUUCAUUGCUUUGUUGUUUCGCAUGUGGGGCACUUUGCUGGAUUGUUUUUUUCACCUUCUACGAGGUUUUAUGGGGUUUCCUAGGGAUUAUUGAUUGGAAGACAGAUGGAAACAUCUUGUUUUUGUAAUUUUUGGUUGUUGAUGUGACUUUGCUGUAAUAGGAAUGAACUCAGCUCUUUUUAGAAGUGAUGUUUACCUUUUGUUUUAGUCUUGCUACCUGUUAAGUUAUUGUUUCGUUCUAUGCACGUGAUGUAUGAUAGAUGUAUGGUAGUUUGGUUCUGUGAAACGUAAGCCAUUUUUCAAUAUGGAGUAGAAAGUUUAGUCUUUAAACUCAACUAGUAAUAGGAGUGUGCAUAAUUGAGUGGAAACUGAAACCUAGCCACAUAGAUGUGAUAACCCAUUAGACAGAAUAACAUAGCUGCAAAAAAAUUGUUUAUUGCAGGUGUGUGCGCAAACACUUGCUGUCAUGCGCAAAUUAAAGAGUUUUUAGUUUUUCACCAUGGUUAGAUAUCAAAUUUGUUAUGUGCUGAAUGGUGGAUAUAAAGUUAUCAACUCUUUUUAUCAAUUUCUAACCUUUUCUCUUCUUUAUUUGUCAGUCCCCCUUCCUUAUUAAUCGCAAAUUUUCCUUAGCUUACUGUGCAUUUGAGAUUCCUCUCUGUCUCAGCUUGUUCUCUCUUUCCUUGAAUGUGACCCCACAAUUUUUUUUUUAAGAAGAUUUGUGCUCAAGAGCAUUGUUUUGAAACAUCAAUGGGUAGUUCAAUUCCAAAAGAGCAAAAAACUGUUCUCAACUGCAUACUUGGAAUAGGAAUUGGAAGUUUCGUCCAAAGAGUAACCCCUUCCUCUCUGUCCCCCUUUAUCUUGCCCUGUUUCUGAUGCCAUCAUUUGUCCCUUUGUAAAAAGCCUAUCCAAAGGCUCCUGGCAUCUGACAGUGGUACAAGAGGUAUUACCACACAGAAAGCAGGGUUCGAAUCAAGAAGAUUAUGCAAACUGAUGAGGAUGUUGGGAAGAUUGCCAUGGCAGUACCUCUUCUUGUUUCUAAAGCCUUGGAACUAUUUUUGCAAGACCUAUGUGACCGAACAUAUGAAAUAACUCUGAAAAGGGGAGCCAAGACUUUGAAUUCAUUGCAUUUGAAACAGUGUGUACAGACUUUUAAUGUUUUUGAUUUUCUGAGGGAAAUUGUGAGCAAGGUUCCAGAUCUUGGUGGCCCAGAUGUCACUGGUGAUGAACAUGGUGUUGCCAAAAGAAGGAAAGUUGCUGAUGAUGAAGACAAUGACAGUGAUGAGGAGUGCAGUAGAAACAGAACAAAUGAGACUAUCCAUACAAGCAGCAGUGGCAGAGGAAGAGGAAGAGGAAGAGGAAGAGGUAGGGGCAGAGGUAGAGGGCGUGGCCGGGGGACAAGAUCCAUGGAGAGGGAGACAGCUGCACAGCAUGGGAAGUUUGAAGAUGACCCUGACAUUGAUCAUCACAAUGACAAGCACUGUCCAAAACUUGACAAGGAUUAUGAGCCUAAAGAUUCGAAGGAUAAUAUUCCAGCUGGCAGAAAUUUACAAGCUCCAGUACGUGACUUUGACCUGAAUGCGGGCUUGGAUGAGAAUGGAGAAACACAACCAGUGUUAGCUUCUGUCCCUUCUAGUUUCUCAACAAAAUCUGAUACUGUUGUCCCUGCAAGUUCCUUUACAAAACAUGACACUGUUGUCCCUACAAGUUCCUUAACAAAACCUGACACUGUUGUCCCUGCAAGUUCCUCAACAAAACCAACUCCUGAAUUGAAGCAUGAGGAAGUGCCUGGAUGGUCCCUUGAAGACAUUGAAAAGAUGGAUAUCAAUCCCGUUCAACUUGCAAACUUAAAUACAAGAAUAGAUGAGGAGGAGGAAGAUUACGAUGAAGAAGACUGCAGUUACUAGCUAGUGUUUUCUGCUGCUGUAUAUGGCUUCUCACAUCCUAUAGGUUUUAGGUCCUUGCAGGAAAAUAUAAAUCUGAAGGUAGCGAUUAUUGAAGCUGAUGGUAGCGACUAGGGAGCUUAGGAUUAAGUGGUAGUCAUCAUUACAGACUAGGCAGAAAAUGGUAGGAUUCUGUCUUCUUCAGAAUAUAUUUUCUCCAGCAUUUGCUGAAUGUAGAUUACACAUUUACUCCCCUAGGCAUUUAGAGAUCAGUCUGUUUAACCAUUCUUGUAUUUUAAGAUGCAAAACGCUAAUUAUUACUUCUUGAAGGCAUAGAAAGGCUCAUACAACAGCUGGGGAAUUUCUGUGGUC